CUCGGGGGCUGCGCGGCGCGGUCCCCGGGCUUCGCCUGACCCCGGGCCCGGCUAGUGGCCGCCUGCCGCGGAGGCGGCCCGGAACUGGGGGUGCCUGGGUGGGGCUCGAGGCCGCACCCCCGGGGCCGGGCUCACCGCCGCCUCGUCCCCCCUCUCCGUUCCCCCUUCCCUUCCGGCUCAGCCCGCUGGCCCAGACGUGACCCCCGCGCGAGGUGUUGUCGCUGCGCGCUAGCCGGGCGCGCGUGACUCAUGGCCCCGAGGUCGGGGACGGUGCGGGCGCGAGCCCUUUCUUGGCUCGGCCGGAGUGUGAGAGUGUCUGGAAGGAGAGCCAGGUCGUGGCAGUGGGGCCCCCGGGGACCGCGGCGGCCGCAGAGCAGGAGGAAGAGAAGGUCCCCGGCUGCGGGGCUCUUUCUCAGUCAUCGUGCGUGUGGCCUGACUGAAGACGGAGGGGAUGAAGUCCAUCCUCGACGGCCUGGCAGAUACCACCUUCCGAACCAUCACCACAGACCUCCUGUACGUGGGUGCCAAUGACAUUCAGUACGAAGACAUCAAAAGCGACAUGGCAUCUAAAUUAGGGUACUUCCCGCAGAAGUUUCCUCUGACUUCCUUCAGGGGGAGUCCCUUCCCGGAAAAGAUGACUGCGGGGGGCAGCCCUCAGCUGGUCCCCGCAGACCAGGCGAACCUCACCGAGUUUUACAACAAGUCCCUGUCCUCCUACAAGGAGAAUGAGGAGAACAUCCAGUGCGGGGAGAACUUCAUGGACAUGGAGUGCUUCAUGAUCCUGAACCCCAGCCAGCAGCUGGCCAUCGCUGUGCUGUCCCUCACGCUGGGCACCUUCACGGUCCUGGAGAACCUGCUGGUGCUCUGCGUUAUCCUCCACUCGCGAAGCCUGCGCUGCCGGCCGUCUUACCACUUCAUCGGCAGCCUGGCGGUGGCCGACCUCCUGGGGAGCGUCAUCUUCGUCUACAGCUUCGUGGACUUCCACGUGUUCCACCGCAAAGACAGCCCCAAUGUGUUUCUGUUCAAACUGGGGGGGGUCACGGCCUCGUUCACGGCCUCGGUGGGCAGCCUGUUCCUCACGGCCAUCGACAGGUACAUAUCGAUCCACAGGCCCCUGGCCUACAAGAGGAUCGUCACGCGGCCCAAGGCCGUGGUGGCGUUUUGCCUGAUGUGGACCAUCGCGAUUGUGAUCGCUGUGCUGCCUCUGCUCGGCUGGAACUGCAAGAAGCUGCAAUCCGUGUGCUCAGACAUUUUCCCGCUCAUCGACGAGACCUACCUGAUGUUCUGGAUCGGGGUCACCAGCGUGCUGUUGCUGUUCAUCGUGUAUGCCUACAUGUACAUCCUCUGGAAGGCGCACAGCCACGCCGUCCGCAUGAUCCAGCGUGGUACCCAGAAGAGCAUCAUCAUCCACACGUCGGAGGAUGGCAAGGUGCAGGUGACUCGGCCCGACCAAGCCCGCAUGGACAUUCGGCUGGCCAAGACCCUGGUCCUCAUCCUGGUGGUUUUGAUCAUCUGCUGGGGCCCGCUGCUCGCCAUCAUGGUAUACGAUGUCUUUGGGAAGAUGAACAAGCUCAUUAAGACGGUGUUUGCGUUCUGCAGCAUGCUCUGCCUGCUGAAUUCCACAGUGAACCCCAUCAUCUACGCUCUGCGGAGCAAGGACCUGAGACAUGCUUUCCGGAGCAUGUUCCCCUCCUGCGAAGGCACCGCACAGCCUCUUGAUAACAGCAUGGGGGACUCAGACUGCCUGCACAAACACGCCAACAAUGCAGCCAGCGUCCACAGGGCCGCGGAGAGCUGCAUCAAGAGCACAGUCAAGAUCGCCAAGGUGACCAUGUCUGUGUCCACGGACACGUCUGCCGAGGCUCUGUGAGCCAGACACUUCCCUGGCUGCGCAGAAAAAAAAAAAUUUCUCUCUCUUUUUUUUAAAGCUCAAAACCCAGAAGUGUCUGUCCUCUCAUCGGUUAUAUUUUUUUAAGUUGACCACGCUCAGUGGAAAGGUGAUUGUCACCAUGAUCAGUUAUCAGUUCUCUAACGUUUCUAAAGUGUAGGUCCUCAGACUCAGUUCUCUGGAGGUUUACAGGGAAGAGAGCCUGUGGCUUCAGGGACUGGAAGGUCCAUGCAGAGUCUCAAUGAAAUAAGAGAGACACUUUCGGCUACACAGUUGAAAGCCCAAGUACCCAUAGAAAAAGGCCAUUAAAUGAGUGAUGCCUUUGUAAUCACAACUUUUAUUAUAACGUGAAAUGUACUUGUCCAGAAAUACCAGAGAUACUUCUGAUAUCUGAGAGAUCUCCAUUUUUACAACAGUUUUAGGACUAAAGUAGAGCUAUUCUGUGACAUGAAGUGUGUCCUGUGAGAUGUGUAUCAGUGUUUACUAUGUGUUAUUUAUAUUUGUCUAGUUCAGCAAAACUGCGAGGUGGGCUUCUAUGAGACCAAUGGAACCUAAGCAGUGGAUAUACACCAAUGAGACCACUUUUUACAGCAUUAUUGCCCAUGAUCUAACUUUAGAAACCUUAAUAUUUUUUCAAAAAUCUCUAUUAAAAUUUGACAUUGAAAUAACCAUAAAGUUUUAUUUUUCUGUUAAUCCAACAAGAAGACUUUCAAGACUGUCCAAAGUCUUGAGCAGAACUCAUUGACACUUAAAAUUUUCUUAGUCCUGCAUUUUCCUACGAGGACUCGCAUCAUCUCCUGGACUCUUAACUGUUCUGCCGGGUGAUGGAUUACAGGCAGAACCAAAGAGAGAUGACUUAUUGACUUCUGGCUGCCGUCACCGACUUUCUUUAGUCUUUAGCGCUCACUGGACCUCUUAAGACAGCAUGUGUCGAUCUUAAUGUAAGUUGUUAGCACUGUGCAGUUGCUGUUUACUUGAACAGUACUGCACCCUUAUAUUCCAGGUUUAAGUAGAUUUCAUGCCUGGGUGGCCAAACAACAGUCUUCAUUUUUUCUUAAUUGAAAAGAAGUAUUGUCUGGAUCAGUAAAAUUCUACUGUAUGUGUGACUAUAAAUGUGUGUGUGUGUGUGACUCUACCCUGUAACCGUUCUGGUAAAAUGUCUUAAAGUGAUAACCUGUGACCACGCGUACGCUGUUCCCCUGGCUGCGCUCUCGCACACGAAUUCAGUUUCUAAAAUCGAGUUCUUCCGGAAAUCUUGUUGAUAAAAAACACUGGCCAUCAACCUUCAGAACCCUACCCCUUUGAAACUGGAUCCAGUGUUACUAAACUGACCCUUAGAUGUUUCAUAAGACCAGUGUUCAGCAAGGAAUCAUUGAUCAUGAACACUCAAGUCACUGUCUGUAUGGUGUUCACAGCAGGAAAUGAAAGUGUUUUUGUCUCUGAUCACCUGAUGUUGAUCAAGUCCGUGGAGAUGUAAGUCAUUAUAAGGGAAGUGGUUCUAAAAGAAAGAAGAAAGCCCAGUAGUGACACAGUUUAGUUGUGUGUGUAGGCAGCGAGAUCCCAGUGUAAGUAGCUCUAUACCUUGCUCACCGGAAUGAGACUACCAGGUCUGGCUCAUGGGGUAAGAAGGCCCAUCAGACAGCGAGGGAGACAGGACAGGGCAGUGAGGAGCUGACACCCUUGCGCUGGAGGCCUGGACGUCAUGUGGUCGCCUCUGUGCUUCAAGCAGAUGCCCUUGGUGCCAACCCGGCACCUGGCUUUGCCUGUAUAGGUUUGGGCUGAGGAAGCGGCUCUCCUCUGCUCCUGGUCAGCCAGAGGUGCUAAGGCAUAAAGAUGAACGUGGCUUGCUUUCUUCUUACGCUCCAGUUUCAUCCUCAGUGGUGCCAUGGGUGCUCUGAAUUAGGCCCUUUCACAGUAAACAUUGAUAGUGCUUAAGAAGCCAUUCGACUCUGACAAAUUUUGCAUGCAGACCACCUUUUCCCUAAAUGGAUAAAACGUAGCUUUUGCAUAGCCUGCAUAGGCCUGCAUAGCCUGAUGUAAAGUGGAGGGCUAGCCGAUCUGGUGAUUGCUCGCUGUGUGGUACCCAAGCAGCCUGAUGGGGCAAUGUUGUUGCUUGCAGUAUAAGGCUGAAUAUGGCUUGCGGACUGUAAAAGCUGAGAUGCUUUUAAUCGUCUGUACAGCUUGCCUGCUGGUUCCUUCACUUUACCUCUCUGUCAUAUGCAGAUGAGAGCUCAGGGUGCUAGAGGAUUAAUAAGAUCUCUUUAGAAGGACAAAAGAUUAUUUAUGAAAAAACUCACCAGGGUUUCUAGUUUCCAUUGAAGAAUUUGCCACUCUUUAGUCCCAAAUUACCCUGAAGAUGAAUCCACAUAUCUCUGAGCUCACCGGGCAAUGCCAAUGCUCUUUUCACAGCUACGAAGACCUGGUGAAGAUGAAAUUGUUGUUAUUGGUAGAAAAAUUUCAGGAUUCAUUUUUGAAACUGUAUUUGUGUGUAUGCAAAGUAGAUUUUAUAGUGUGUUGUGCUUACAAGAUCUUAAUCAUAUAUAAUCAAUUAAGGGACAAUGGGGCUGACAGCACUAAACUUGGUGCUUAUUGAUAUUCUAAGAAAUAUCUGUGAAAUAUCAUCCUGUAUGUGUUAUGCCACCUUCAUUUUAAAACAUUUAAAUGAGUUUGAUUCACUCUGACACUUUUAAUAUCAUUUCCUAACCCAAGUGACUCAAAUGUUCUCCCCAAGGAAUAUACUUAUUAGAAUUAUUAUUCAUUAGUAUCAUUCAUUAAUUAGUCUCUUAAUGAGAUCCAUUGAUUUAAAUAUAAUUUAGAUUUCAGUAUGUUUUAUAAGGUCUAGCUUCAGAGUUAUCUUCUCUCCUCUGAGGCUGACGUAUGAGUCCUGACCAUGCAUUUCACCAUCAUAUAUGUCUUCAGAAAGGGCCAGAUUGCCAACCUGCCUGGUUUCUUCAGAGUAAUGAUGAAUCUUUCAAUCCCGGACUCACAGUUUCAUUUAGAAAAAGAGGGCUGUCUGUAAGAACCCCUACUUUUCCAUUACAUAGGAAAUGAGUGUAAAAGAAACAUGGAUCUGGACGAAGCUACACGCAUAUGCCUACACUUAAGAUGAUCCCCAAGAUUGUCUGUCACUUUGAGUCCAAGUGGCAUUAAGUAGAACGGAAUUGUGGCUGCCUAAACCCUGCAGGGGACAGGCCCAACCUCCAGGCGAGAAUUAGAGCCUUGAUGGGUAGCAUUCUAGUUACUGUCCUGUUGAUUAAUUUCUGCCAUCUUAUGUCUGUAAAAGAGACCACCAAUAUCAUGUGCAAAAUUAGAUUUCUCACAAUCUAACUGUAUAUUUGUAUGAUAUUUUAAAAUCUCCUAAAUGCUGGGCAAUGGUUAUUAACAAUUGUCUUGCACUGGCCUUCUGAUGAAACGGUAACAAUGCCUACUGUAAUAUAGACAAAACCUUUUGUCUACUGAUUUGGGCUGAAUGUAUGUAAAUAGGUUUUCAAAAAGUCAGAUGUUUAAGCAGGGGCCUACAAAUCAGUAAUUUUCAGAUAGGAGAGUUUCUUUACACUGUUGUGGCAUCUUGAAAACUAUCUUCUCAUCAACUUAGUGUACUAGGCCUGCUGGGGGUGAUCGGCGUCCCCAGGGAAGGAAACCUUUUCUUGUAAUAAUAUGAAUCAAGAUGCCAGAUGAUCUGGAUUCUUAUUUCCUAUGUUUCAAGUGGAAAACAUAGCUCUUUAUUGUCUGUAAAUCAAACAUGAUUACUUUUCCUCUUAGAGAAAUACUGUAUUGUUAGAUGUUUGUUGAGCUGGUAACAUCCUUGCAACCGCUGCAAUAUCUUUGUUAGUAAUAAAACUUUGUACACAAGUAUUAGUAAGAUUGUUAUUCAAUGUAGCUUCAGUCAUUAAAUUACUAUAGUGAAGUAGUACUUCUGUAAUAUUUACAAUGUAUUAAGCCCACACUAUAUUUUAUUUCAGUGGUGUAAUUAAACUGUUAUUUAUUCAAAGAGGAAACAUCCCAUCAUGUCUGUUGUCCAAAGUUACCUGGAAUCAAAUAAAAAUCCUAGAUUAUCACAAAGAA